GGCGGAGACCGAGACGUGGGAGGGCAACGCAGUUGGAAUUUCUAUCUUACACAUUCGAGUGAGAACUACAUAAACGGAGUCAUCCUCAUUCUCUGUUUUCCUCUUGUUCUCCUUGACUUUAGUUUAUUUUUUCUCUCCUUGGGGCUGUACAUACAUACAGGUCGAAAAAGUCUGGCGUACAAAAAGCACAUUCCACUUCCAUCGUAUUUGUUUCUGGGCGGUCAUUAUCCCUUCAUAUCAAGACCAAGACGCAUCAUUCCACCCUGAACGACAACUUAGACCGCAUCCUUUGUUCCAGUACCUUGGUUGACACAUACGCACGUCUUCGCCACUACCACUACUACCACCGCCGCCGCCCAUCAUGCAACCCAAGGCGCCCGAGAAGAGCACUCCGGCCACCAGCCAUCCCGACACCAACGGUCACUCCAAGAACGGCCACUCGAACGGUCAAUACUACGACAUGUCAUCUCCGUCGACGAUCCGUCAGAAAUUCCUCACCUCCCCUUCCGACCUGGGCGUCGUCCUCGUCGGCUUCUCCGGCGGCCAAUGCAAAGAAGGCGUCGACGCGGCUCCCACGGCGCUCGUGGCCGCAGGGCUUCUCGACCAAAUGCGCGACGAACUCGGGUAUACUCUCCACGGCGACACGAGCGUGCAUGAUUACAACCAGCUCCGCCCGUCGUCGGACCCCGAGUACAGGGGCAUGAAGAACCCGCGCGCCGUGAGCGCAGUGACACAGCGACUCGCAGGACAAGUCUACGAGCAGGCCCGCGCGGGACGCAUGGUGCUCACGCUCGGCGGCGACCACAGCAUAGCCAUUGGCACCAUCGCGGGCACUGCAAAGGCGAUUCGCGAGCGGUAUGCCGGCAGGAAAGAGAUCGGCGUGAUAUGGGUCGACGCACAUGCGGAUAUCAACACACCCGAGACGAGCGAGUCGGGAAACGUGCACGGUAUGCCCGUUGCCUUUCUGACGGGGUUGGCCAAGAGCGACGAGCGCGACAUGUUUGGAUGGUUGGAAGACGACCAGACCCUGAGCACGAGUAAGCUCGUGUACAUCGGGUUGCGGGACGUGGACAGAGGCGAGAAGAAGAUACUCCGCGACAACGGGAUCCGCGCGUUCAGUAUGCACGACAUCGACCGGCACGGCAUCGGACGCGUCGUCGAGAUGGCGCUGGCACAUAUCGGUGCCGACACCCCCAUACAUCUCAGCUUCGACGUCGACGCGCUGGAUCCCAUGUGGGCGCCGAGUACCGGGACACCCGUGAGAGGGGGCUUGACGUUGCGCGAAGGUGAUUAUAUUGCCGAGUGCGUGCAUGAGACGGGCCAGCUUGUUGCCAUGGACUUGGUCGAGGUCAAUCCCAGUCUGGAGGUCGCUGGGGCGAGUGAGACGGUGAGGGCGGGUGUGAGUCUUGUCAGGUGUGCUCUCGGUGAUACAUUGCUAUGAGAAAGCAGCGUAGCAUCGUGGCUUGAGGGAAGAGCGGAUGCCGCAAGACAUGGGAAUCACGAUGAGAGCUGUUUGACCGAAGUUACGAGAGACGAAACAUGAGAGAACAGGACCCACUGCAUUUUCCUUGAGCUCCAAAGUAAGGCACUCAGGAUAGAAUUUUGGAAUAAUAGAUGGGCGAGCAAAAACGGUUGGAUGGAGUCCGGAGGGGCAGGGGGUUCAUCAGCCUCGUGCCGACUAAGUAAACUAGCGCCAUGCAAGGACUCAUGGUAAUGGGAUUGAAAAGGAGUCUCGGGAAGAUUAGAUGGGAUAUGAUACUGUAUCAACGGUAGCAACAGUAGUUCAUAGUAUCCCGAGUGACAAGGUCUCGCUACUGCCUCUCUCAGUGCAUAGCGCUCAUCAUGCUCACUAUGGCAUCUCAACUCUUCUC